AUGCAUCCGACGCAAUCACUCCACAUUUCAGGUGAAGCUGAGUGUCAGGAUGCCAAUGAUGUGAGUCUCAAAGUGGUCACCUCCACACUGGGCUGCCUCUGGGACCUGCACGCGCAGCUGCGAUCGGAUCGCGACCGUGGCCGCGCCGAGAUCCAGCAGCGAUUGCUGGCCAAGAAGGCAACGAUGAGGCCAGGCGCACGUCAAAUUGGCAGUGCCUGGCAGCUCGGCAAGGUGAUUGGCCAGGGAGCUCAUGGAGUGGUCUAUCACGCGCUGGACUCCGCAUCAGGCGAGUCCUUCGCCGUGAAAGUCAUGGAGGAGUCCCGGGAGCUUCACCAAGAGCUUGAGAUGCUCCAGUCGCUGGAGCAUGAGCACAUCGUUAGUUUCCUGGGCCAUGAAAUCCAUGACCGGCAGCUCUACAUCUUCCUUGAGUACAUGCCAGAAGGCACCCUCAAGGACAAGAUUGAGGAGUUUGGCGCCUUUCAGGAGGACCUUUGCGCUGCUUUGGGUGAGCAGGUGCUGAAAGGCUUGGAGUACUUGCACGAGCAACAGGUCCUGCACCGAGAUUUGAAGUGCAGCAAUCUUCUGCUCGACGUCUCAGGGAGGGUAAAAAUCUCCGACUUUGGCUGCUCGCGCUGGAUUGCAAAGGAGGUCCUCGCGAUGUCCCUGGUUGGUAGCCCUUUCUGGCUCCCGCCUGAGUUGCUCAUUGGUGCUCCCUAUGACCAGAGCGCCGACAUUUGGUCCUUCGGCUGCUCGGUCAUUGAGCUCCUGACGGCGCUGCGCCCUUGGGCGACCCAGGUCACUGCCGACAAUCCCUUGGCCGCUGCCCAUCAGAUCCGCAUCCUCACGGAGAAGGGCGAGAGACCUUCCCUCCCAGAGUCUUCCGAGUACUUCUCGGAGCCUUGCCGCGACUUCCUCUACACCGCCUGCCUGCGCUGCGCAGCCGCGGAGAGACUCCCGGCCAAAGACCUGCUGCAGCACGCCUGGCUCCGCCGAAAAUGA